AUGCCAUCCUCAUCAGCCAUUUCCUUGUGGUGUGUUUUGGCUUUUCUGGUCCAGAUCCAAUCCUUGGUUCUGCCUCCAAGAGGAAUCCACAGACGAGGCACGGCUCUGGCUUCUGAUCUUGUGGAUCCAUCGGCGGUCAGUGACCUCGUGCAAGGUCUGGAUGCGGCAAUAGGAAAUCCUUCUACUGCUGCUGAUGAAAUAGUACAAGCUUCCACCAAGGCAGUGGACAUGGCAAUCUCCGAUCCUACCAUUUUGGCAGCCGGGGGUGUGGCAACCCUGUCCAUUGGCCUGGCAGCGUUCUUGGCGUCCAACAACGACAAUAAGGAAGAUGAUGGUGCUGGUAAUGAAACAGCCGUGUCGCCAGAGGUACAGGCCAAGAUGCUACAGGCAGUUGCAGCGGCACGAGAAGAAAUUGAGGUAGCAGAACCAGAUGCCGAGUCGACGGGACCAGACGCAUCAUCAUCACAUCCAGCAGCUGAAGUGGCGUCUGAAUCCAAAGAGCCAGAGCCCGAACCUGAAGAACCUGAAUCUGAUGUGUCAAUGGAAGCCAAAGAGCCAGAGCCAGAACCACAAGAAGAGCCUGAACCCGAGGCGUCGAUGGAAUCUGCUAAAUCAGAAGAAGAUGAUGAUGAAGCAGAAGAAGCAGCAGAAGAAGAAGUGGCAGUCGACUUGGAAGAGGCCAUUGAUCUAUCGGAGCGUCUGGCAGAACCUCGACAGAGAGGUCUCUUGCUGCAACGAUUCUUGAACAAAAAGACAGAGCGAUUGCAAAAGGCAAACCAAAAGCUAGGGCGCCAAAAGGCCGAUUUGUCCAACACGGAGAUUCGGCUCCAAGAAACACAGGCACAGCUCUCUGCUGUUACCAGAGCCAAUCAAGGCUUGUUUACACAAUACAAGAACGAAAAAGGCAUUCGACAACAAGUCACGGAGGAAUUGUCACAAACAAAACAAGAAAUGGAAACACUCCAACAAAUAGCACAAGCCGACAUGGAUGCCAUGGUAGAAGCCAAUCAACAGUUGGAGGAUAAGUUUGAAUUUGAACAAAUGGAAAAGAAACGGAGAAUCAGCGAGUUGCAUGAAACCGAGUGGGAACUCGACACGACACGAAAACAACUCUACAAAACAUCGGCCGAAUUGGCGUCGGUCAAGGACGAGCUGGCAUUUACCCAAAAGCAAGUCCAGGAUACUUCCAAGUCGCUCAAGGAACUGAAGGAUGAUACCAAGAGCAUGCGAAAACUCACGGGAAACAUGUGGAAAUUGUCCAAGAAUCGGGUGAAAGGAAUCUUUCGACGCAACAAACAGCAAGAAUAG